AUGAAUUGCUGGGCUCUUUCCUUGAGGUGUCGUUUCUUGUUUCAUGCUAUUGAAACAUUAAUCUUAACUUACUAUGACUCCUUUGUGUUGGUCAGCUCUCAGGGACAUUUCCCUAGGCUUGAAAAUGUGGGAGCUUUCAAGAAUGUGUCAAUUGUGCCAACUCAAGCCACUUGUGGGCUACCAGGCCGAAGUACUUUUUGUCAUAGCUCAGUAGCUGUUGAAAGUAUUAUGUCCUGCACCCAGAGGUUUUGUGUUCAGGAAUGUCCAUACAGGUCGUCGCCUUCUUCCUACAAACUGCUUCUUUCAGAAGGCCUUGGUACCUGUAUCACAGAGGACAAAAGGGACUUGCAUCCAGGGUCCUUCAGCAACUCUUCCAGUUUUAUUUUUCAUAAUCACAAGGAUUGCUUCUCCACUCCCCGUUCUCAGAGGCUUGCAGCUUCAUUUACGUUAACUGUAUGGUUGAAACCUGAGCAAGAAGGUGUAAUGUGUGUGAUAGAAAAGGCUAUUGAUGGGCAGACUGUGUUCAAACUCACAAUCUCUGAGAAAGAGACCAUGUUUUAUUAUCGCACAGUAAAUGGUUUGCAGCCACCAAUAAAAGUAAUGACACUGGGGAGAAUUCUUGUGAAGAAAUGGAUUCAUCUUAGUGUGCAGGUGCAUCACAACAGAAUUAGUUUCUUCUUGAACGGCUGGGAAGAUGACAACACACCUUUUGAUUCAAGGAUUCUUAUGGGAACAGUUGCAGAUACUGAUGCUGAUGGUACAUUACAAAUUGGGCAAAGCUUCACAGGUUUAGAGCAAUUUGUUGGAAGAAUGCAAGAUUUUCGAUUUUACCCGGUGGCACUUACAAACAGAGACAUUUUGGAAGUAUUCUCUGGAAAAUUUCCUCAUCUUCACACCCAAUCUGAGUGCCGCUGUCCUGGAAGUCAUCCCCGGGUACACCCGUUGAUACAGAGGUACUGCAUCCCUAAUGGUGCAGAUGAUACCACUAAUGACAGAGUACUGAGGUUGGAUGCAGAAGCCCAUCCUUUGUAUUACAUCAAUGACGAUGACAUAGGGACCACUUGGAUUUCAUCUGUGUUUGCUAAUACUGCGGGUCUGGAUCGUGGUGUUUCAAUCACAAUAGAUUUACAAAAUGGACAAUAUCAGGUAUUCUAUAUUAUACUGCAGUUCUUUAGUCCACACCCUGAAGCAGUAAGAAUUGAAAGGAAAAAAAGAGAUGAUCUAAACUGGGAAGACUGGCAGUAUUUUGCUAAAAAUUGCAGUAUUUUUGGAAUGGAUAACAAUGGAUCUCUGGAAAAAGCAGACUCUGUCAACUGUCUCCAGCUUCCUAGCUUUACACCGUAUUCCCGUGGUAAUCUAACUUUCAGUGUUCUUACCCCGGAACCAAAUCACCGACCUGGUUACAAUGAUUUUUACAAUACUCCAUCUCUCCAAGAAUUUGUAAAAGCCACACAAGUGAGGAUUCAUCUCCAUGGCCAGUAUCACACUAAUGAGUCUUGGGUAAAUUUUAGGCAUAGAUAUUAUGGAGUUAAUGAAGUUACAGUCAGUGGAAGGUGUAAUUGCCAUGGCCAUGCUGAUAAUUGCGACACAGCUAUGGAACCAUAUAGGUGCCUGUGCGUCAAGGAAAGCUAUACAGAAGGAUAUAAUUGUGAUCGCUGUUUACCAUUGUACAAUGACAAGCCUUUUCGUCCAGGUGAUCAAGUUCAUGCCUAUAAUUGCAAACCUUGUCAGUGUUACAGCCAUGCAGUAAGCUGCCACUAUGACUUAGCAAUGGACCCUUUUCCCCAGGAGCACUACAGGGGCAGUGGUGGAGUGUGUGAGAACUGUCAACACAACACAGCUGGAAGGAACUGUGAGCUGUGUAAGGAUUUCCAUUACAGACAAACAGGUGCAGAUCUUUCAGCCAUUGAUGUUUGCAAACCCUGUGACUGUUACGCAACAGGCACCAAAAAUAAGAGCCUCCUCUGUGACAGUAUUGGAGGCCAGUGUAAUUGUAAGAGACAUGUGUCUGGCAGACAAUGCAAUCAGUGCCAGGAAGGAUUCUACAAUCUGCAACAGUCAAACCCUGAUGGCUGCAGUCCCUGUAACUGCAAUACCUCUGGGACAGUCAAUGGAGAUAUUACCUGUCACCAAAAUUCAGGCCAGUGCAAGUGCAAAGCAAAUGUUAUUGGUCUUAGGUGUGAUAGUUGCAAUUUUGGAUUUAAAGCUCUCAGAUAUUCUAAUGAAGAUGGAUGUGAGCCUUGUUGGUGCAACAGCCAUGGCUCAGUGAACCAAUUCUGCAACCCCCUUUCCGGGCAGUGCAAUUGUAAAGAACAAGUGAAAGGGCUUCAUUGUGACACCUGCACGGACCACUUUUAUGGGCUGGAUGUAACUGGUUGUAAGGCUUGUGAAUGUAACGUUGCAGGGUCGUUUUCUGGAACUGUGUGUGAUGGGAAGACAGGGCAAUGUGCGUGUAAACCAAAUAUUGGAGGAAGACAAUGUGACGAGUGCCUAGAUGGCUACCACAAAGUACAGGAAGAUCAUUCCUUUGUUUGUCUGCCAUGUAACUGUGAUAAGACAGGUACAGUGAAUGGCUCUCUGCUUUGUGACAAAUCAACAGGACAGUGUCCUUGCAAAGCUGGUGUAACUGGCCUUCAGUGCAGUCAGUGCAUGCUUCAUACGUACAACCUCAGCAUGAGCAACCACCUCGGCUGCCAGCGUUGUGACUGUGACGCUCUGGGCACAUUGGCAGGAACAGUUUGUGACCAUGUUUCUGGACAGUGUGUCUGUUUGCCUCAGCGUCAGGGGAGAAGGUGUAAUGAGUGUAAACCAGGUUUUUAUUUUUCUCCAUCCAGUGUCACUGGCUGUCUGCCAUGCCUGUGCCACCUAGCUGGUUCAGUGAAUGAGACCUGUGAUAAACUAACUGGCCAAUGUAUUUGCCAAGAUGCCUCUGUAACAGGACAGACAUGUGAACAUUGCAAAGAGCUUUAUUUUGGAUUUGACUCUGUCACAGGGAG